AUGACAGCUGUUGUAUAUGAUGAUGAGGCACUAGUGCCAAGUUAUCCAACAUCCCCAAAGCCGCGGCGGCAACCCAUGACACCACUAAAAGCCAAUCAAAGGUCGUAUUCGCGGGUGAGUUCUAAAGGAAUAAUUGGAGAUGAAUCCCCUCUACUGUUAUCACCAAUGCCAAAGUACCCUAACCGACGUAGAAGUGUAACAUUUGCUGAUGAAACAGAGGCUACAGUGCGUGAAGAAAGACCAUAUUACACGGUACCAGAAAUGGGAACAACACCUAAUAAGCGAUACUCAGAGAGUCCAAUAAGGCGACCUAUCUUAAAAAAUAGAUUGGGAGAGAAUAACACUGGGAUGAGUAAUACUACUUUACUUACCACUACUAAUGCUACUGCUAUGGCUCCUACUUCAAGAGAACAACAAAUCUCAGGAGAUAUGGUUACAGUAGGAGGUGUCUCUAGGACCGCAAUGGUAUCUGGAUCAAUUACUCCGAAAAGAGGACGCUCUAACAGUCAUCAACGUCGUGCUGCACGAAGAAAACAAGCAGAACAGCAGUAUGGUUUUUAUGAUGACAGUAUGGUGGAGGAGUAUGUACUCAAGGCAAGGAAAGAGUUAGAAAUGGAAGAAGAAGAAGAACGAUUAGAGGAAAAGUUAAGAGAGCAGGAAAAGGAGAAGGAAGAAGCAGAAAAUAAGGCUGCACAAGCUACUUUAAAGAUAAAUGCACUUCAGCAAGCAAAAGAAUAUCUUCUUUCAACAACAAAUACUCGACAUUCUUCACCUGUGUCUUCAAGCAUAGAACGGGAUGGUUGUAAGAGUUUAUCUCGAUCACACCAGAAUACACCGAAAAAAGAAUUAAUCCCUUUGCAAGGAAAAGAGAAAAAUAAAGAAGAUGUGGAAAAUGAGGGACAAUUUGAACUUAUGAGAAAUAAUGUCAAAAAGAGUAUCAAUCGCUCUAUGCCACUAGUUGCAUCUGUAAAUGAAACUGAUAAUGGUUGCUCAAGAAAGCGUGUACGACAAUCAUCUUCAAAGAAAGUUGAACACUCUGUUCCUGUUGUACGUAUUGAUUAUGGUAAUGAUAAUGAUAUGGACAACAGUAGGAUUGACAGUGAAGAAGACGAAGAAGCUGCAAAACGUAAAAAGAAUAAAUUAGAGCGUAUUAUUGCUCGUGUUAUAGAGCAACAGGCGAAACGUCGACAUGGUAAACGCAGUGUGGUGGUUAUUGAUUGGGAUUCUGAAGCAUCUGAUGGUAUCCCAGCAGCUGUAGAAGAAAAUGAAGAUUAUGAGGAGAGGGAUGAUGAUAAUGUUGAAAGUGAACAGGAAAGUGAAGAGGAACAUGAUAAAAAGUAUCAUAAAAAAGGAGAAAAACAAGAAUUGCUGGUAAAGGCACCUUCUCGUCAACGUAAAGCACCAUCUGUAAAGAAAAGUACAGUUGAGACAGUAAAAGUGGUACCUCAGCGUCAGACGAAACCUCCACCAGCAACUCGAUCUGUGACGGUACGUGCACCAUCAACAAGGAAACGUAAUGUAAGUGUAAGUAUUGCCCCAGAUUUGGGUGAAGAUUCCUUGUUAAUAGAAGAAGAUCAACCUGUUUUAUUACGUCGACCUACUACUAAACGUCGUCUUCCUACACGUUCUAUUUCCUAUGUAUCUGUGGAUGCAGAAGAUAACGCUAUCUUUGAACAGACUGUUGAUGUUUCCCGUAAACCUCCACAACGAGCACCUGCUCCAAAGGUGACAAGACGUGGUCGUAAACCUGCUACUACUACUGCAGCAGCUUCUUCUGCUGGUUUCUCUCCGGCUUCUAUUCCCGCUUCUUCACCUCCUCUUUACGCCACUCAUUCUACUUCUGCUGCUGCUGCUGCGGCCACAAAUCGAGGGUUUUCAUCUGUCCAUCAUGACCUCUAUGCGGGUGGGGAAGCUGCGACAUCACUUCCCCCAUCCACGGCCACUGUGGCUUCUCACACCAUGCGCAGUCGCCGUGGAGCUGCCGCCGCCCAGCCGCCAAUUCCAGAGGUUUCACCGGAUGAUCCGAUGGCUGUUUUCUUCGGCGCCGACUUCCCGAGUCCGUCGAAGUUUGAAGAGAUGCUGCAGGCGGCUGGCGGUUUGCCGGAGGUGCGACGGGUCGGGCGUGGGCAUCAGAGGCAGCCGGCGCUGCUUCUGCCAGAUACCAUUUCCCGUCGUCGGUAA